CUCCUCCUCUUCCUCCUCCUCCUCCUCCGGGAGCGCGCCCGCCCAGCCGGGAGCGAGCAGCCGGCGGGAGGAUGCUGCAGCCGGCGGCGGAGCCGGGUGCCUGGGCAGGCAUGAAGCGACCCCUGAGCCCAUCCCACAACCCCGAGCCCGGGGUGCGGGUGGCGGAGGCGGCCGGCUGCCCGCCGAGCCAGCCCGAGCAGCGCAUGAAGCGGGAGAAGAAGCACCAGUCGUUCACGCUCUGCGAGGUCUGCAACAUCCAGCUCAACUCGGCCGCGCAGGCGCAGAUCCACUACAACGGCAAGUCCCACCAGAAGCGCCUCAAGCAGCUCAACAAGGGGAAGAUGCCGGCAGCCCCAGGUCCCUCCGGACACAGCAGCCCCCUCUUAGCGUCGUUGCCUAUCCCCGGCCGUCCCCUUCAUCCCCCCUUGGACAUCAAGCACUUCCUGACCUUCAGGCUCAACGGGACGUCCCCGCUCAACCUCUUCCCCAACUUCAACACGAUGGACCCGGUGCAGAAGGCGGUGAUCAGCCACACCUUCGGCGUGCCGGCCCCGCUCAAGAAGAAGCAGUUCAUCUCCUGCAACAUCUGCCACCUCCGCUUCAACUCGGCGAACCAGGCAGAAGCCCACUACAAGGGCCACAAGCACGCGCGGAGGCUGAAAGCCAUCGAGGCCAUGAAGAACAAGCAGAAGGCGAUGGGGGCCGUGGCGGGGGCCACCGGCCGGGACGGCGCCGCCGACUUCGCCCCCAGCCCCGAGGGCAGCGGGGAGCCCGGCAGCACAGCUCAAGCCAACGUCCUGCAGGAGCCGGCGGGCGAGUGCAGCAGCCUGGGGCCGACGCCGGGCCCCGAGGAGUCGCCCGCGGAGCUGCCGGGCAGCGCCGCCCCGCUCGGCUCCCCGCCGGGCUCGGAGCUGUCGGAGGGCACCUCGGAUGCCACCAGCUCCUCCUCGGCCGCGCAGGCGGCUGAGGCGCAGGCAGCCGAGUCGGGCAGCAGCGUCAGCUCGGCCCCCGAGAGCGAGAAGGAGGGGAAGAAGAGCAAGCAGCACCUGUACUGUCCCACCUGCAAAGUGACCGUCAACUCCCUGUCCCAGCUGGAGGCUCACAACACCGGCGCCAAGCACAAGUCGAUGCUGGAAGGUCACAGCACCCAGGUGCGGCGAGGCCGAGGCAAGCUCCUCUCCCGGGCCGGGCACAAGUCCAAGCGGAUCGGCAACAAGGGCAGCAUCAACAUCCAGAACAAGGCGUUUCACUGCCAGGUGUGCGAGAUCUACGUGAACUCGGAGACCCAGCUCAAACAGCACAUGAGCAGCCGGAGGCACAAAGACAGGCUGGCAGGGAAGCCGCCCAAGCCCAAGUACAGCCCCUACAACAAGCUGCAGAAGAACGCUGCCCUCGCAGUGAGUAUUCUCAAGUCCAAGCUGGCUUUGCAGAAGCAUCUCACCAAAACCCUGGCGACCCGCUUCCUGCCGAGCCCGCUCACCGCGGCCGCCGUCUGCGCCAUGCCCGGCCCCCUCGCCCUGCGCCCAGCCGCGGCCACCACCCUCUUCCAAGCCCCGAUCCUCGGACCAGCCCUGUUCCGAACGCCGCCGGCCCACGUCCGCGCCACGCCGGGCCCCAUCGUCUUCGCGCCCUACUAGAGCCGCUCGCCCGCCACGGACCAGGCUGUGCCGCGGGGGCUGCGUGGCGCCGGCUGCUCUUCGGGCUGGUGGCAACCCGUAGUCGUAGACAUCCGCCCCGGCUUCUCCUUCGCUUCGAGCGGGCUCCUCCUGGAGCGAGGUUCCCCAGCAGAGCCCGGCCAGCCCCGCCGUGCAGCCCCGCCGCUCUCCGCGCCGGCCCCGCGCUCAGCAGGAGCCCGUCACACAGCUGGGUGGCACCCGGGAGCGCCCGAGUCACCAGGACCAUCUCGUGGCCAGGGGCUGCCUGCUGGCUUCUUGUCCGUCCCCCUCCCAGUUACAAGACUGGAAGAAGAGGAGCCGGCUGGUCCCUGGGGGAAGGAGCAUCCCUCUGGCCAGCUGGUCCCUGCCAGCCCCGCGGGAAGGGAACUGCGAGAGGAGCCUCAGCCCAGCUCUUCCUGGGAGGAAUGACCCCGGCACAAGCGGGAAGUUGGCAGUUCCCCUCUCCGACCCGGCUGGCGGUGCCAUCGCCAGCCCCGCACUCGCCUGUGCUGGCCGGGGGUUUCUGUGCUGCCCACCAGCCCCCUGCGCCCCGCAACCCCCUACGUCCCGCCAGCCAAAGAGCCCCCGCCGCGGCGGGCACCGGCCACGCUGACCGUAUCUUCACUCCGAGAGCAAUAGUCGAAGCUCAGGGCCGGCGCCUCCCCGCCCCGAAAGCACAGUGCCCCUGCCCCGGCCCCCGCGAAGCACACAGCGGGGACGGGCUCCGCUCCAGCCCAGCUGGCCCGGUCCCACCCGGGAGGUGACCCCGUGCUCGGCGCCAGCUGUUUGCCUCUGUCCCUCCGGCGGGGGACAGCCCUGCCCCUACCUCCCGGGAGAUGCUGUGAGGCUGAGUGAAUGUCCCUAAAGCACUUUCGGUUCACCGGUGAAAGGCGAUGCUGCUGCUCGCCCGCCAGCCAGCCGCCGUGCCCGGCCCUCCAACCCCAUCCCCCUUAGGAGCUUCCAGGGAGUUUACUGAAGAUUCCCGAAAACAAAGGUGUCCCCAGCAGCCCGGACAAUCAGGUACAAAGGAGCAGGCGGCACCCACAGCCUACGCCUGGCGCUUUCCCUGUGAUGCUCCCGUUGUCGCCUGCAGAAAGCUGGGCUCCAGGGGGACCCCGGAGCCGUAGCUCUGCUUGUCACUGUGCUCAGAAAGCCCGGAGAUGGCCGGGUCUGAAAACUGUCACCACGGCACUCCAGGUUCCCAGCACGCUGCUGUAAAUAGGAAUAUGCAGGAGAGUCGCAACCCAAAUGGACCUUACGCUGGAGUGGCGACCCACCGCGAUCUAUGCAAUCCAGGGGGAGCAGCUCACCCGCCGCAUUUGCUGUCUGCGUUUUACUUUGGUGCUCAUGCUGUCCGUACAGCCAGGAGAGGUGGUCGGAGGAGAAAGAAACAGCGCAACACUUAGCCCUGUGUAGGUGAUUCCCCUCCUGCCCCCGGCCCCAGGCGCCGGCUCCGAGACCUGUGCUGCAGCCCGCGUUCCUCCCGGCCCUGGGGAGGAGGCGGGUCGGUUUGUGCACCUGGGAAGCCACACGCACAAGCACACUCAGCAACGCCUGGAUCGCCGGAGGAUUUUGCCCAGCGCGCUCCACCGAUGCUCAGGACAGCGUCCGGGUAACUCGCGUGGCUGCAAUGCUUCUGCUCCCCGGAGCUGGCGGGAGGAGCUGGAGCCUCGGGCCAGGGCAGGGAGCCCGCUCGGCUCAGCGGGAGCGGGGCAGCGUGGAGCCUGGAGGGCCCGUUUCUCGCGCCGUGGGCAGCGUUGACCUGCGGUGCUGCCGCCGCGCUCCUGCCGUGGAGGACAGGGGUGCGAGGGAGCCUCUGGGUGCGAAUUCGUCUGCUCAGGGCACCCCCUCUGCACCCCGGGGCGGGGGGAAGCGGAGAGAGCACACCAGGAGACGAGUGAGCUCAUGCUGGGGGGGUAGAGACAACCGGAAGGUCUUACAGUGGUGGUGGGAGAUGUGGCCUGGAGAGCAGCUGAGGGAAGGAAGGCUCCCAGUGGCAGCGGCUUUGGCAGGCACAGCCAAGUGGCCCCCCCAGCCCAGGGGACCCCAUGUCCCCCAGGCCAGGAGCCUGCGCUGGCUGGGGCCCGCAGCUCCGGCAGCAGGGACAGCCAAGUGGCCCCCCCCAGCCCAGGGGACCCCAUGUCCCCCAGGCCAGGAGCCUGCGCUGGCUGGGGCCCGCAGCUCCGCGGCAGCAGCGCGGUGCCAAGCAGCCCCUGGUCAGCCCGGCUCCAGCCCUCCCCCGGCUCCCCUCCCCGCGCUCGUCCCCCCGCCGCCUCGCCGGUGCCUCCCGGUGCCAGCCCCGGCAGCGUCCCCUCCCGCGCCGUGCCCGCCAGCCGCAGGAGCGCGGGCACCCGCCACCGGCGGCCGCCUGGCACUGCUGGGUCGUUGCCCUGCAUUUUGUUCUAAAACAACCUGUGCUGGAGCCAGCAGCGGCUGCUCCGUCACACGUGGAGUCCUCACACGCUCCUACACUUGGCACUUUAACCCCUUGAAAGCCAUUCCUUCUAAAAAACAAUAAUACUGCAACGAGCUGCGUUAAGAACACGCUCCCUCUAUCGCAUCCCCCCCGCCUCCAGAGCCCCCUGCUCCUGUGCUAUCCAAAGCAUUUACUGCCUUUGACUUAGCAUACGCUGUACUAGGUAGUAGGGCAUAGUCCAUAGUGCUCGAUAACGUGUGCCCCUCUGUAAAUAACCUUGGAGUGAUGUGAACAGUUUGAUUCAAAAAAAAAACAAAACAAAAAAAACCCCACAAAAAUGGAAUAAACAGACUCUAGGGACUUGGCCAGUACCCCUCCUGUAAUGUCCAUUGUAUAUUUUUUUGAUGUACUAUAGCUGUUGGGAAAAAAAAAAAAAAAAGGAAAAUAUUUUGAUAAUCGAAUCUCAUCGCUUUAUUGUGUUACUCAGUAAAUAAAAGGAACAAGUGUAAACAA